AAUUUGGAGGCUGAAGAAUAUUCGGCAUGUUCAGGUUAUCUCCCCGGAGGAGUCAAAGAUCUAAGGGCUUCAAGGUGAAGCAUGCUCUACAAUUAUGUGUUCUGCUUGGCGUUUGUAUAUGGCUGGUUUACCAAAUCAGGCACUCUUAUGAGAAGAAAGCAUCCUAUGGUGAAAGCAAAAAAGCUGGCAAUGAGGUUGCCAAGUUAGGGAGGAAAGACCUCCAUCCUCGUGUGGAGGAAACUUCUGUCAUAGAUAUAAGGCACAAGGAGGAGGAGGAUGAACAAGAAAACAAGCAUGAAGAGCCAAACAAACUGGACGAUGUUAAUGGUGUGGUGGAAGAUGAGGUCUUAAUGCAAAAGCAAGGGGAAAAUAACCAUGAAGAGAAUUCUGAGCAUAGGCAGGAUUCUAUAGACCAAGAGAAUGAAGAAAGUUCUGAAAAUGCUAGGACGGACAUGGAAAGUGAGCAGCAUAUAGAGAAAUUCGGUGAAGAGAAUGAUAAUAUGGACAACAAGGAGAAUGAUAGUACAGUGAAGGAGAAUGAAGAGAUCAAAAGUGAAGUGGAGGACAAAGAAACUGGAGAAAAUAGAGAGGAAAAGAGUCAGCAAGAGAAUGAAGAGAUCAAAGACCAUUUGGAGGAAAACAAUGAGCAAGAUAGUAAAGAAGAGAAGGAGGAGACCAAUGGAACAGAAGCAGAGAAAGAAGAGCAUGAUAAGAUUCAAGAAGAAACUUCAUCUGAAAAUCAGGUUCAGGAUGGGGAAAGGAACAACCAGGAGCCUAGAGAGGAACAAUAUGCAGGUGAUAACGCUUCUAGUGCUGUUGACAAUAAAUCACAAGACUUCUCAGAUGAAAGUCAUAACAAGACAGAACAAUUUGACAAAAAGGAAGAGAAUGAAAUUGAGUUGGAAUCUCAGAAAAAUGGUACUGAAACUACUGAACUGACUGAUUCUACCGUCACAACAAACAACCAGGGAAAUAAUCAUGAGGAUGAGGCACAGACAGAGAAUGAUUCACAGAAGAAUUCAAUGUCAGAGUCAGAUGAGAAGCAGCAAGAGCAGAAUAACCCCAUAAAAGAUGAUGUAGAAACUGUGGACUCAUCGCUGCAGAAUGGGACUGACACAACAUCUUAUACAACUGAAAAACAGAAUGAAACACCUGAAAAUGAAAACUCCAAGAUAGAGGACUCUAACAUGCACAAUACAACAUCAAAAACGGAAGAUUCUAACUCAGAAGCCAACGGGGAUCAGGCUGAUUCCACAUCCACAUCUUCCUCAGGAACCCAUGAGACCAAUGCAAAUAAUGGAGAAUAUAAGGACACCACUAGUAAUUCUGUUCAGAAUGAAAACCCCAACAACGAUUCUGUCCAAGAAGGAACAAAAGAGAAUGUUGUAUCAACCAACACAUUUGACAACAUAGAUGCUAGCCAAGAGGUUCAACACACUUCCUCUGAUACUUCAUCAGAACAAAAGAAAGAUGAGUCCUCGAAUGCAGAAAAUAAUAGCCAUUCUGAGCAGAAUGACAAAGAAAACUCUGCUCAAAGCAAUACAAACAGUGAUGGAAGUGCUGAUGACAACAAAGAUGCUAACCAGGCAAAUUCCUCCGGUACUUCAUCUGAACAAAACAGUGAGGGAUCCUCAAACUCAGAAAAUAGCAGUGAUACUAACCAGAAUAGCUCAAACAGCAAUGAAAAUGCCAAUGACAAUGGGAAUGCUAGUCAUGAUGACCCAAUCAGUGCUUCUGAUUCAUCCAUUCCUGAAGAGAAAGAUGCAUCCUCAAAUAAUAAUGCUGAUGCAGAGCAGAAUGAGAAUGAGAACACUGUUCAGAGCAAGACUAGUGAAGAAAAUGAAGGUGGUGCUCAAAAUGAAUCAGUUGAGUCACAAAAAGAGAAAGAGGAAUCUGCACACUCAGACGGAGACAGCAAUUCUAAGUUGAAUGAUGAAGGAAGUUCUGAUUCUUCAAUCCCUCAGGAUGUUAAAGAAUCUCGCGUGGACUUGGAAACUUUGCCAGAAACCAAUGCAGAAAGCAAUAAUAAUGAUGCUACUGCUGCAGAGUAA